GUUUUACACAUAACUUUUUAUAUUUCUUCCCAAGAAGCCUCAGUAUAAGCUUAAAGCAAUGGCUCAAGAUCAACAGUUAGGAGUGCUCAAGGCAUUAGAUGUGGCUAAAACACAACUUUACCAUUUCACGGCGAUUGUUAUCGCCGGGAUGGGUUUCUUCACUGAUGCCUACGAUCUUUUUUGUAUCUCAUUGGUCACCAAGCUCCUAGGCCGAAUCUAUUACCACAAGGCUGGUGCAGAAAAGCCGGGAACACUCCCACCAGAAGUAGCGGCCGCAGUCAAUGGUGUCGCUCUUUGUGGGACACUUGCGGGUCAGCUCUUCUUUGGGUGGCUUGGAGACAAACUCGGUCGGAAAAAAGUGUAUGGAAUCACUUUGAUCAUGAUGGUUCUUUGUUCCGUCGCCUCCGGUCUCUCUUUUGGGAACAGUCCAAAAGGGGUCAUGACCACUCUUUGUUUCUUCAGGUUUUGGCUCGGAGUUGGUAUUGGAGGUGACUACCCACUGUCAGCUACGAUCAUGUCGGAGUAUGCGAACAAGAAAACACGCGGUGCAUUCAUCGCAGCUGUGUUCGCUAUGCAAGGUUUUGGGAUCAUGGCCGGAGGUAUUGUUGCGCUCAUAUUUUCAAGCAUUUUUGACCACCAGUUUCCAUCACCAAUCUAUAGUGUAGACGCUGUUGCCUCGACUGUACCUCAAGCUGAUUACUUAUGGCGUAUCAUCCUUAUGGUGGGUGCUCUCCCUGCCGGUAUGACGUAUUAUUGGCGUAUGAAAAUGCCCGAAACGGCUCGGUAUACAGCUUUAGUCGCCAAAAACCUUAAACAAGCCACACAAGAUAUGUCUAAAGUCUUGCAAGUGGAUCUUGAAGCUGAGGAAGAAAGUUCUAAUAAGAUUGUUAGAGAUCCUAAGCUCAACUACGGAUUUUUCUCCAAGGAGUUCCUUAAACGUCAUGGACUUCCUCUCCUUGGAACUACCUCCACUUGGUUUUUACUUGACAUCGCGUUUUACAGCCAAAACUUAUUUCAAAAAGAUAUAUUUUCCGCGAUCGGAUGGAUCCCAAGGGCGGCAACUAUGAAUGCCAUCCAUGAGGUUUACAAGAUUGGCAGGGCUCAGACUCUCAUUGCGCUAUGCAGUACCGUCCCAGGUUACUGGUUCACGGUUGCCUUUAUUGAUAUCAUGGGAAGAUUUGCAAUUCAGCUAAUGGGAUUCUUCUUCAUGACCGUCUUUAUGUUCGCUAUAGCCUUCCCUUACGAGCACUGGAUCAAACCGGACAACCGCAUCGGAUUCGUCAUUAUUUAUUCCCUAACUUUCUUCUUUGCAAACUUUGGUCCAAAUGCAACUACAUUUGUGGUUCCUGCCGAGAUCUUCCCGGCCAGGCUAAGAUCCACUUGUCAUGGGAUAUCAGCCGCGGCAGGAAAGGCUGGGGCCAUCGUGGGUGCAUUCGGAUUCUUAUACGCAGCUCAGUCAAAGGAUAAAACCAAGACUGACGCUGGAUAUCCACCGGGCAUUGGUGUCAAGAACUCAUUGAUCAUGCUUGGUGUAAUUAACUUUGUUGGUAUGAUCAUGACGUUUCUAGUGCCUGAAUCUAAAGGGAAGUCUCUUGAGGAGCUUUCAGGUGAGAAUGUGAGUGAUGAGACCGCCCUGUCCGCGAACCCUACAGCUGGAAGAAACUAAAGCGUAAAACACUUUGGCCUUUACCUAAACCAGAACUCUAUAUAGUUACUUACUUACUUUGUCCAUCUGAUAUUUUGUAAAAUUAAACUAUUGUUUAUAUUCUGCUGUGGAUAUAUCAUAAUGUAUUAGAGUGUUGGUUUUAUU